UUGUAAGAAAGUUAAAGGUGGGGUAUAGAAUUGUCUUGUUAAAUUCAGCAAAAAUCUCCUCACGGUCAGCUAGCUGUGCAAAAAAAGAAAUCUUAUGUUUGUACUCAGCCCUGGCUCUGUAAAUGGGAAACAAAUGGGCUCGGAACGAGCCACACAACACUAUUCCAUCCAUGAUUUGUGUGUCAGGUAACGUUAAAUGACUUGACCACAGACAUUCAGCUUACUUUCUAGUUUGCCCAAACAUGCUGCUGUUGUGAUGUUGGCGAUAGUAGCAUGAAAGUUUGAGAAUCUCUGUCUGGAGCUGGUGUGCUGGCUCUGGGAACGUCUCCCCCACUCUGCACAUUAGCUUCACAGCAGCAACAGUUUGCUAACACACAACAAACGCUAGUUACAUGACUUGUUGUGGUGGUGUUCACUGUAUCUCAUGGUAUUUGUGAUAUUGGAUUUUUUUAGAAUUGCAUACCCCACCUUUAAGCCAAGUGGAAAAAAUACCUUUUUGCUGUGUCUGCAUGUGAAAACCACAACAUUUUUAGCUUUAGCCUUGCAACUAUGUAAGCAGACCAUUAGUGGGGGCAGAUUUAGCCUAUUUAAACUAGAAAAUGAUCAAAAGGGUUAUGUUUGUGAAAUUCUGCUAUGAUUGGUUGCUUUUGAUAUAUUUCCCUGGCACUCUAGGAUUAUUCUGGCUUUAUGAAGUGCAGUUCUUGCUUUAUGGCGGUGACUGGCUAUUGGUUAACACAUCUGUCUCUGGUGCUCUUAAUCGGAAGUAGUUAUGUGACUGGUUAAAAUGUUGACCCUGAUUGUAUUUCUUACUAUCUCUGUGCAUUAGAGUGGAGGAGGUUGCUGUUUGUUCAUUUUUAUUUAUUUUUUUGUGUGAAAUUGGCAUGUCAGUAAUGUACAGAUGGAAGCUUUGGACUGUAUUUUAUAUUAAGGAUAACAGAAAAUAAGUCAGCUUUUUAUGUUGCUACAAAUAUGUUAUCAUGGAUGAUACAGCGCAGAUUUCUAAAAGAGACAGUAUUUUGAGCUGUUGUAGUGAUGAGAGUAAACGAUGGAGAUUAGACGUAAUGGUGUGCUAAAAUGGAGGGAACAGUCUGGGUGAGUCUCUGGAGACGGGUGAGAGGGAGAGGACAAGGUGAAGGGUCGUGGCCGCAGCUACAGGGAAACGGGCCAGCUGUCUCUUUAAAAAACGACAACAGCCCAAACCGCCCUCGGCCUCUGCCUCGGCUAUUCUAAUGAGGUUAGUGCUGGUUGGCUGGCCUUCAAUGAAGUUGCCUGUGAUUGGAUGCUGGGCGUGGGGGAGGGGCUGGGCGUGGAUGACAGCUGGGAUUCAGCCAGCCAAGAACAGGCUGACAUAGAGAGAGAGAGGGAGAAAAAAAAGAGCGAUAGAGGGAGAGAGAGAGAGUGAGAGGAAGACAGGCUCACAGACUUCAUAAUGCAAGGUAUCCGACCCCCCAUCCUGAACGGGCCAAUGCACCCGCGGCCCCUGGUGGCCCUGCUGGAUGGGCGUGACUGCACUGUGGAAAUGCCCAUCCUCAAAGAUGUAGCCACAGUGGCCUUCUGCGAUGCUCAAUCCACACAAGAGAUUCAUGAGAAGGUGCUAAACGAGGCAGUGGCCGCCCUGCUCUACCACACCAUCACUCUAUCCAGAGAUGACUUGGAAAAGUUUAAAGGCCUACGUGUAAUUGUCAGGAUCGGCUCCGGCUUCGAUAAUGUUGACAUCAAAGCAGCUGCUGAGCUAGGCAUUGCGGUCUGUAACGUGCCAGCAGCCUCGGUGGAGGAGACAGCCGACACGUCGCUAUGUCUGAUCCUCAACCUGUACAGGCGAGUCACUUGGAUGCACCAGGCCCUCAGGGAGGGAACCCGUGCCUCUAGUGUGGAGCAGAUUAGGGAGGUAGCUGGCGGUGCAGCUCGUAUCCGGGGAGAGACGCUGGGCAUUAUCGGUCUAGGGCGUGUUGGCCAAGCAGUGGCUCUGCGGGCUAAGGCCUUUGGUUUUGGCGUGAUCUUCUAUGAUCCCUACCUGCCUGAUGGCGUGGAGCGCUCACUGGGCCUUCAGCGCAUGGCCACCCUGCAGGACCUGCUCAUCCACUCUGACUGUGUAUCCCUGCACUGCAGCCUCAACGAGCACAACCACCACCUCAUUAAUGACUUUACCAUCAAACAGAUGCGUCAGGGAGCUUUCCUAGUGAACACAUCAAGAGGCGGUCUGGUUGACGAGAAAGCAUUGGCUCAGGCCCUGAAAGAGGGCCGGAUACGAGGGGCUGCCCUAGAUGUCCAUGAGGCAGAACCAUUCAGUUUUUCAACAGGCCCUCUGAAGGAUGCCCCCAACCUGAUCUGUACCCCGCACACAUCCUGGUACAGUGAGCAGGCCUCCAUCGAGGCUCGUGAGGAAGCAGCCAGGGAGGUUCGCCGUGCCAUCACCGGGCGUAUCCCUGACAGUCUGAAGAACUGCGUUAAUAAGGAGUAUCUGAUGGCAGCCUCUCAGUGGCCCAGCAUGGAGGCAGCCACUGUCCACCCAGAACUUAAUGGAGCCACUUACAGAUUUCCUCCAGGUCUGAUCAGUGUUGCCACAGCAGGGGGUCUCCCCGGAGCUGGCGCAGGGGUUGAAAGCCUGGUUUCAGGAACCCUGGCGCACGGUAUCGCCCCUGUCUCCCACCCCCCUCAUGCCCCCUCCCCGGGGCAGCCUACUAAGGCCGAAGCCGACAGAGACAUCCCCUCCGACCAAUAGCCCCUCCUGCUGCCGCCAGCACAUUCCGUCACAUCUGGAAACCAACCCCCACCUCCACCUCCCAGCAUCAGACACAGCCCGACCCUCCAGUCCAUCGGCAGCGCCAGUUUGACCUGAUGUGGAUCUACACGGUCUCGUUCCUCACAUAACCAGCCCAGGAGUGACUUACUCACAUCUAGCCCCAGACCAUCCACACCCCCAAGAACACAAACAUCCCUCCAUCUUCGUCCUCAUCUCACCCACCAUCCCCUCUACCCUUCACUCCCCCACAACGUCAGCAAUAACUGUGUUCUCAAGGAUUCAAUGAUUGGAUUGGUUUAUAUCCUUAGUUGGCCGUUGUUUUAAUGGAAAGUUGAUCUGUUGUGGUUCUAGGUGUUAAUGUUUUUGUUUGUUUGUUAAAAAAAUAGAAUUUCUGACAUGAGGCUUGACAGUCUGCUGCCUCCUGCAGUUCCUCUGACUCUGACCAGUAGAGGCACAGAGGCAGAUGGGUUGAAGCCCUCCUUUGUACAUUAAUGGCUCAUGUUACUGCUCUCUUCUUCUUUUCUUUUUUUUUUCUCCCCCCCCCCUCCACCUUUCUUGUGAUGGGGGAAAUGUGUACUAAAGUAAACCAGACAGAAUCACAAACAGUACAUCCUGCCCCCACCACCAGGCAUCUACCCCUCAGCCCAGUUUGGCCAUUGGGCUGUCCCAGGCACUGUCGCCAGCUUGCUCAGCAGAGGAUCCUUAACUCUGUAAGUGUGGAGCUCUCCUCCAUGUAUUUCAAAACACUUUGCCCCCUCAUGUUUUGUCAUGAGAUAAAAGCUCAGAGCGUCAUAUCAGAGAGCACCUAGGCUUGAAUUUCCAUCUCACGCCAGCAACCAGAGUGCUACAUGUGAGGUCUUUACACACGGUGCCCACACAGAAUCAAAAUGCAGCUUUUUCUUGCUGGGAAAAAAAACACAGCAUACAAGAGGCCUCGCCAGCAGAGGGCACCAUCUGACCGCUCAGAGCAAAGAAAGUUACAUGCAGCUCAUUUCAGCCUAACAGAUGGGACAGUUACAGGUUAGCUGUAGUGACGAAGAACAUGAUCACACACUGCCGACAUUCAGAACACAGCAUGGGUGACCCGGGAUCGACUACCGCCUUAUUGUUUAAUAAGAUCUCACUGCACACCCCCCCGCUGCCACCACCAUGUACCAUGCACCAACCCUCCACUCCUCUCCCACUGUCAUGGCCCACCCUAUACAUUCACUCAUGAACCAGUAUGCAUCCACCAAUUCCUUUAAACGUGAGGGGACAGUAGAGUUUAGAUUCCCUGUUAGGAGCAAGGGGACAGUGUUCUUGCAUGCUGGCUUUGUUAAUGACAGUGGUGUGUGUGUGUGAGUGAGUGUGUGUGAGAGAGAGAGAGAGAGUGUGUGUGAGUGAGGGUUUGUAUGUUCCCUCACCCUGUUCUGAUAACAAGCUAUUGUCUUUCCAAAGGAAUAGUCCCUAGGAGUAACUCUUUAACGCUGUUGCCCUGCUGUCAAGGGAACACCUUUCUAGUACCUCAGUAACAGAUAUUGAAUGUACCGUGCAUACCCUUUUACUUUUUGUACAGCUUUUCUAGACACUUCUUAACUGUUCUUUACCAGAAGGCUUGUGAAAUUGUAGCAGUAAUGAUACAAUUAAUAAAAAGAACAUUGCCCCAUGAAAUGAAUUGACAAAAUCUAUUUAGAGUUGCUAUAGGUCACUGAAUACUCAGGCUUCAAAACCGACGCGUAUCUUUUUGCCUUUACCUUCUUUAUUUCCUCGUGGAAAAUUCAGCACAACACUUUCCCAUUCUUAGACUUCAGACUGUAGUUGAUGUGUUUCAACCUCCUAUCUUACUGGCUAAUGAAUAAGGAAAAAACAAAAGGCGAUCGCCGUGGUCUGCUAGUUUUCUUUUACUAGAACAGUAGUAGUAGAUGCAGUUUUGUUUUUUGCUCCCCUUCAUUGUCAGGCUGCUCUAUCUAUAGUGCAUGUGGGGUAAUUUUUUAGGGGAAAUACUAUUGGCGUAAAGAAUUUGUCAUCUUGCUGUUUCCCUCUGCUCCCCAGCAUUUUUCCCCGCCCCCUUCAGAGUGUUUUCAACCCAAGUUGCCAUUUUUGUCGUGGUCAGUUUCCAGUGAUGUACAGUUUUCCCCUCAGAGUCUAUGAGAGACAUGGAGCAUGUCUGUGUCCUGAGAUGCUAGGCUCCUCUGUCAUGUGAUGAGUAUAUAUUUUUAAAAAUAACCCCCAUAGUUCAGAUUAUGAGCAUAAUAGUAAUCUUAAAUUUUGCUGUUGAUGAUUAUAUAUAUUUUUUUCAGUUCAGCAGUGCACUGUUAUGAAAAUCAUUGUUUUCUUGUAGGAUUUCAUUUUAAUGGAUAUGUCUGUGUUCUACAUGUUGUACUGAAACAUUUCAGAGAAAACAAAAGAUCCCUCUCCUUGUUUUUUUUUUUAUUUUAUUUUUUAUUUGUCUUAUCCCAACUGUCCUUUCCAGCUGAUAUUCUCUGGGCCUUACUUAUUCUCUCCCUGUAAAAGUAGCUGUUUUAGAAAGUCGCCAUGGAACCACUCACUGCCUUAAUACAGUUGACCACAGCAGGUGAAGUCAGGAGACGCACCCAGUCGAAAAGAACAGGCAGCUCCGCAAAAAGCUCCUCACACCCCGGCAGGUGUAAGUCCGCAGCACCUGGCUUUCGUUUUCAGCAAUGAACCAUGUUUAUCCUCGUGUAGACAGUUUGUUUUCUGCUCGCUCACACACACACACACACACACACACACACACACACACACAUCCAGUGUGAACUCUUACUGUGCAUUCAUGAGUCGUUGUUUUUUUGUUUUCUCAUUUUCAAUAGUUCUAGUCAGCCCGGCAGUGUGUGCGUGCGUAGGCUAACAGAUAAGCACAGUUUGUAUGCUCACAAAGCCACAGCUGAUAUUUCACUCUUGGGUGUGAGAAUGCACCUCCCCCUCUCCCUGCCCACCGCCACCACCACUCUGGGGCUCUAAUAGCGUCUUUCACAGUGCUGACAGAGCCACAGUGGGGCAGGGAGGGGUGGGGGAACAGCGGAUACUGGUGUGGUCUGUCAAAAAAAUAAAAUAAAAGCAGAAAAUUAAGAAUCGGUCACUUUUUCUCUCUCAGGGUUCAAAUGCACACAUAUCCUCCAGCAGUCGCCCUCUGUCUUGUGUCCCUUGUCCCCAGUUUUCCUCCCUCAGUAUUUAGAACAGCCUACUGAGUUUUUAGAAACCGCUCUCUCCUCGUUCCCUUCCUUUGUGCACAGGUCUGAACUAUUCUUUUUUUCUUUUUUUUUUUUUUUUUUUUUUUUUUCUUUCUUUUCUGUUUAGCUUUCUUUUGGCACUGACAUCUAACCAUCUAACAAGGAAUGAAUGAAUGAAUGUUUGAAAGUGACUGUGUAAUGUUAAAAUUGGGAAAUGUAUUUUUACAACAUGUGAACGUGUUUUGUUUUUUUCUUCCACUCACUCUCAUUGUGAAUCAAUUUUUUUUUUUUUUUUUUUUUUUCUUUUCACCAGACUGCAAAAACAAAUGAAAAAAAACCCACAAAAAAAUCUCCUGUAACUAGGCUCUUAAGCUUUAUUUUUGUUUUGUUUACUUUUUUAUUAGAAACAAUCAUGUUUGUGAUGGUAACUUCCGAUGGUAAACUCCACACCGUAUUUUAAUAAAAUCUUAAAAAUUAAA